CCCAUUAGUGUAGUCUCUUCUUCUUCUGAGCUAUUUUUUGUAAAUGUUUAAUUUGAUAAGAAUAAAGAAGAUACUUUAGGUGAGCUUAUGUCCAGUAGCUUUCUUAGUUAUUCACUUUACCUAUAGACAAAGCUAUUAAAAAAAAUAAGGUUUCCAUUUGCAAGUUUAAAGAGUUGAUAAACAAUGUACCAUGUGUAACAGCCUGAUUACAACACAUGUAUGGUCCCAAACUGCUCAUUUAUUGUCAUCUCCUCUGCAGAUCACACCGCAAAUGAACAAAAACCUCCAAAGAAUUAAUUGUGGUCAUCAAUUAGGUUUAUUACAUCUGAAUGGAAGUGGAAAGUAGAAACUUCAUUCUUGUAUUCUUGUUAGUUAUACCCAAAGUAAUUUUGUGAUUUACAUAUAAAAAAAUCUUACAAUGGAGUGAAGGUUUUGUCGAGUAACUGUUGUAGUCUUCACUGUAUAAGCAGGGUUUACGACUACAAACACGUUUGGUAUGCAUGCCAAAAAGUGGAUGUCUGCCAGAAAGUUAUUGCCAAUGUUUCUGUUGGUUAUUCAUGCCUAAUACCUUUACUGAUAUAGGUAAAUAGACUGUAAUCGACAGGAUUUAUGAAAGCUUUACUUAUAAAAUGAAGAAAUUACCUGUUUAGCAAGUAUAUUUAAUACAGAGUUAUUGUACCUUCUAUUGUUCUACAUUAUAAUCAAUCCAGUCCUUUUUGGCUACUUUACAUACCUUUUUAGAACUGCUAUUUUAUAACUUUGUGGCGCCCUCUUGGACAGAUCUCUUUUGAAAAAUUGAUUUUUAAUGUAAUUGACAUUUUAUAUUUGGAUAAAUAAGGCAUAUGAAAUAGUUACUUUGCCAAAAACCUACAUUUUGAUAGGAAUGUUCUUUCUGGCUCAGAAUGACUCAUUAUAAUUCAUGAGACAUAUGUUGGACAAAUUAUAGGCCAACAAAUCAUUUACAGCACUUUAAAUACUCACAAUCUUAAAAAAAAAAAAAUACUAGAAAUCACCUUUUGGCAUGUCACCGUUUUAAUGAGACAAUUUCAAGGUGGUGGAUGUGUAACUGCCUAAUUAGGGCAAGUGUGAUGGAUUGUCUGUUCAAGUGUGUUAUUGUGUAGCUACGUUAAUUGCUUUCAAUUUGACAGGCAGUAAAGUGGGAGACCACAACCACAGAGCUGUCAUGCGUGACUGUUAAUCCACGCUGUCAGUAAAAAACAGCCAGACAGGCUACAUCAUUAUAUCCAGGUGCUGAUUUCCCACCUCCUGCUAUCAGUGUAGUUAUUUAAGUCUCUCAUCUCAUUCUUGUUAGAGGAGGUUAAACAAAUCUCCUAAGCACCGCAGGCUCUUCUCUGCUUUGUCCCAAAGAGAGCACCAGCAGCUCUGCUUGCCUUUUGGUUGGUGGCAGAGCAGGAACAUGUGGUCAUGCAACGGCCAAUGCCGAGCCCUGAGAAGGCAAUCGGUGCUGUCAGAGCAGCAGCAGCAGCAGCAGCAGUGCUGGCACUGGAAAGGAACUCUGCAGAAAGAAACCCAUCUAAAAGAGACAGGGGAGGGGGGGUGGAUUUGAUUACAGACCGGAGGAUGAGGAUGCAGUGGGAAUGGCAUGUUGUAGAGGAAGAAAGAAGAAAACAAACAAGAGGACAGGCUGUUUGAUCAAGGUCUAAAGAUGUAGGAGCUGCAUCCGAGGAAGCAGGCAGUCAGUGCGUCUGUGAACGCACCAUCACAUCAGGGGACUUGUUGUGGUUCAAGGAUAGUGAAGGUGGAGAGGCGCAACCUGAGAAGUCCCCUCCCGCCACUUCCACAGAGGAUGACAGAUUAAUCCUUAUUCAGCAAGGAGCGAAGAAUCAACCCGAGGAUCAGAUGUUGUCCACGGCUCAGCAGAUGCUUCAGGAUAGCCGCUCUAAGAUUGAGCUGAUCCGACUGCAGAUUAUCAAAGUCGCCCAAGCUGGCAGCAGCAGCAGCAGCAGCAGUAGUGGUGUUGAUGGUGGUGGAAACCCUAACAGCUCCACUCAUGGAGGUCAGAGUGCUGGGACAAGGAUAUCUCCCCUCGCUGCGAGUCUCGUGGAUGCUCGCUUGGUAGAGUUGCAGCACUAUGUGCAGAGGGAGUCAGAUGCAUUGGUGCUGGCCAAAGAUGUGGUGAAGGAGCUUGAAGGGAUCUCAUCAUUGGACCAGAAGGCCCUGGCUGAGGCUCAGGCUCGGGUGCAGGAAUCCUCCCAGAAACUGGGUCUUCUGCAGCUUUCCCUGGAGAAAUGCCUGAAGGAAAAGAACCAGGAGCCUCUACAGCAGCCUGCAGGAGGGGGACCUCCUUCUACCCAAAACCCCACAACUGGGUGUCCCCUUUCCACCUCGCCAUCCGUCUUCUCCAUCAGACCUGCCUCCUUAACCGGCAAACUUGAAGUCCGGCUUCUUGGAUGUGAGGAUUUACUGAAACCUCUGGGAGAUUCAGAGCAAGAAGACCAUCCGAACCCUGCAGAGACACCAGCUGCUCACAAGGCAGACGGACCUCCAGAGAUCAGUGGUGUGCUCAGGCUGGACGGCAGAGUGGUCGGCCGGACGCGCUGGGCUUCCAUCAGCAGGCUGAGCUGGGACCAGACGUUCUACAUCCAGCUAGAGCGGUCCCGGGAGCUGGAGGUCGGUGUCUUCUGGCGGGACCGGAGGGCGAUGUGUGCAGUCAAGUUCCUGCGACUGGAGGAGAUGAUGGAAAACCCAAUCAUCAACCAGGGGAUAACUUUAGAGCCACAGGGCCUCCUCUACACCAAGCUUCGAUUUAUUGACACUGUGCUCGAACGGCAGCCGAAGCUAAGACGUCAGCGGUGCAUCUUCACUAAAGAGAGAGGGAAGAAUUUUCUCAGAGCAGCCCAGAUGAACAUGAACUUUGCCACUUGGGGUCAUCUGAUGAUGAGCAUCCUCCCUCGCUACAGCUCCUUCACCACAUUCAGCUCAUCUUUCUCGGCGACCCCUGACCUGGUGGCCAACAACGCGCCCCAUGCAACUGAAAAGGAGCCUCAAACUACCACUUCACUGCCAAGCGAAGCUCCAGUAAUCAGACUGAGCAUCACUGAGGAUCAGCUCUCUCCCACCAUCCUCGACCAGGAAGAAAACACAGCUGGCAUCAUCAGUGCAGUGCACCGAACACCAUCUGUGCCCACGCUGCAAGAAAAACUGUCCUCCGUAGAAGAAAGCGAAGAUCAGCCUGUAUCUGCUCUAAAGAUGCAGGUGGAAGAUUUUAAAUAUAUCUCAGUUCUUGGCAGAGGACACUUUGGGAAGGUCCUGCUGGCAGAGUUUAAGAAGACCGGAAAAUUGUAUGCCGUCAAAGCUUUGAAGAAAAGAGACAUUGUGACUCGUGAUGAAGUGGACAGUCUUAUGAGCGAGAAGAGGAUCUUUGAGAUGAUCAUCGCGUCCAGGCACCCGUUCCUCGUCAACCUCCACGGCUGCUUCCAGACCAGUGACCACGUCUGCUUCGUCAUGGAGUAUUUACCCGGCGGUGACCUCAUGAUCCACAUCCACAAUGAUGUGUUUACCGAGGCUCAGACCAGGUUUUACUCAGCAUGUGUCCUGCUUGGUUUAGAGUUCCUGCAUCUGAAUAAAAUCAUCUAUCGAGAUCUGAAGCUGGACAACCUGUUAAUGGAUGCAGAUGGAUUUGUGAAAAUCACAGACUUCGGACUUUGUAAAGAAGGGAUGGGACACGGCGAUCGGACCUCAACUUUCUGUGGGACUCCUGAAAAGAUUCUGUAUAAAAUACGGCGAGUAAUGUAUUUCAACCUGAAACCUGAAAACAUCCGCGUUUGUUCAAAGCUGCUGAAGAAGAAUCCACUGAAAAGGCUCGGAGCUGGAGAGAGGGACGCAAACGAGGUCAAAGGAGAGAAAUUCUUUGAGACCAUCGACUGGGAAGCCCUGCUAGCGAAGAAAAUAACGCCGCCCUUCCUGCCGUCGAUCAAGGAGCCCACUGAUGUCAGCAACUUCGACAGCGAGUUCACUCGACUCCAGCCAACCCUGUCGCCUCCCUCCAAGCCCUUCAGCCUCUCCGCCGAGCAGCAGGAAGCGUUCGCGGACUUUGACUUUUGCGCCUUGCAUGGGUGAAAUUUAAACUGACAUGACCGCAGGGGUAAAUUACAACCAGAAUGUCCACGUUAGUGUCCGCACUGGCAGGUAACCCACGUUUAUCAUAACCACAACCCUCCUAUGGCAAGCUACUUUAUUUAUAUAUUUUUAGAUAAAAAGCAUUAAAAUGCAUUAGUAGGGGUUUACAAGAACAAUGACAGGACUUUUAUAUUUUUAUAUUUUGCUCUGCUGUUGUGUUAGUUGAUUGGUUAAUCAGUCAAUCAUUAAAACUGAUCAGUUU